AUGUCUCACACACCCACCCCCCAGUCAGGUAACGCCUCAGAGAAGCCCUCCCUCGUCGGCGUACGUAUCCGCCAGAGAAAGGGCCAAGCAAAGGCCACCUCCAAGUUUGAGCCCGAGACUUUCCGGGACGCUCUCCUCCUCCACCUCGCCCUCCUCCCCAGCCCCAUCACCAACGACGCCCUCGUCUCCAAGCUCGUCCAGGCCGGCUCGACGCUGGAGCUUCUCAAGUACUACGAACAGCUCUUUGAGCUUCUCUUUGUCGGCGGUCUCUUGCAGCCCGGUGGUUCUUACCUCGACGAGAAGCGAUCCCCCGUAUACGUCCUCCAGCCCGAUGAGGAGAUCGCCGAAGCCUUCCCUGAAGGCAUCAAAGGCAUCAUCGAUGUCCUCAAAAAGGUGAUGCAGAGGUACAAGUACCUCCAAAGGCCUCUUGAGGAAAACUUCCUUCCCGGACUGCUUGGCUACUUGCCCAAGUGGGACCAAGAGUCUCGCGCCAAGCUCGCCGAGGCUACCGCGCUCCUGAUCGUCGAAUGCCAGAUCUCUCCCCGCUGCCUCCAGUCUCUGGUCAAGGAGCACGUCGUUAAGGACAACGUCGCCCUCGACUUUUUGACUGCUUUUGUCAAGACCUACACUAGCCGCUUGUCCACGGAUCAAUUCGGAUCCCUUAUCAAGAGGUCUGGCUUGAGGGACAUUCUCGGAGUGUUCCCUCUCCAAAUUCGAGACAGGAAACACCUUGAAGAGCAUUUCAAGAAGGCUGGUUUGCCUGCGGUGAACGAUUGGUACGCCCGAGUGGCCCUCGGAGAAGUCAAGGAGGAGACUAUCCAGAACAUCGAGAGAUUGAUCAACGACGAUGAGCCUAUUCCCCAGAUUGCGGAAACUCUUAAGAGCAACCAAGCAGAGAAUCCUGUUUCAGAAGCUGAUUUCUGUGAAUGGCUCUGGCUCGGCCUCAUGAAGACUGUCGACUGGACUGCCCGAUCUGACCAGAUUGACGCCGCCGUCGUCGCCCACGUCAACCGUUACGCUCCCCUCCUCGAACUGUUCUGCCAAUCCGCCAAGGCCCAAGUCAACCUGAUCAAUGCCGUCCAGGUGUACUGUUACACCGACACCCGUAUCAUCAAGUCGUUCACGCAGAUCUUGAAGGUGCUUUAUAACGCGGAUGUGGUUUCAGACCAGGCGAUCAUCUAUUGGCAUCAAAAGGGAGCCAAGCCCAACGGCAAGGGCCAUUUCUUGAAGGCGACCGAGGCGCUUGUCAAGUUCCUUGAAGAGGAGUCUGACGACGAAGAAGAGUAG